GUAGGUUUAAGGGCACAACACACGUUGUCUGAAGCUGUCAAAGUAGCUUCCUGACUGGGGCAUCCAUCAGCUCUAAGCGAUGUAUUUAAACUGGACCAACUUCACGCUAAAAACAGUAUUAUUUCUAUUAGUGAGCUGCUAUGUGUACGCAGAGAACAACUCGACACUUGACCUCUACAUCAGAGAUGAUGUCUCCAGUUGGACGGAAGCUCGAAGCGCCUGCAGCGGAGAUCUGUACGUCCCCAAUGAUGACAGCGUUCCCAGCAGCGUGUCUGCCAAGAUGCUGUUGAACACCUACUACUGGAUCGGUGCCAUACAGUAUUCAACGUGGAUAUGGACACAAGACAACACGCCCCUGUACAACUACAUCGGUCUGAGGACACUCCCCCUCGGUCGACUACCAUCAACAAGCAAUGCCUGGAACUCCGUCCACAACUGUCACGUUCAUUGUGGGGAGGAUUGUACAGUGCUCGGGCUCAGGAUGAACGCGUGUUACUGUCUAUGUACAGAUGAAGAUGUAAGCUUACCGGAUGUAUCCACAGAGGUCAAGUGCCCUGGAAAUUGGGAUGAAAAGUGUGGAAACAAUUCAGGGUUGUCCGUCUAUAAGCUAGAGGGUAUCAAAUUCAGGCCAACUGAAGGAGGACAGUGUGUAUAUGCUGAAAGAUCGGGAGUAGCAGCCUCAUUUAGUCAAGUUAAUCAGACUUUGUGCGACAGAAGAAGAAGAUACGCUUGUUCCGCAAACAGUACAUCGUGGAUGUACGGAAGGUGUUCAGGGGGCAUCUGUAUCACACAGAGGCAAUAUCAGAAGAACUGGGUAGAUGCAAGUGCUGCAUGUUCCUUGGUGAAAGUUACCCCCUCCAACAAAGAUAACUUCACACUGGCCAUGCACACCGGGGUCGAGGUGACCUACUGGAUUGGUUUAUCAAGACCACUUUCAAGUAAAUGGAUUAAUGGGACGAUGUUUGCAAGGUACGGGACCGCCUUUCCGGACAGCACCGGACCCAUGUGUCUGGCUAUGAUAGCGAACAGGGGGCUGAACAUAGACCGACUUUGGGUUCCUUGUGAAAUGCGACAUCGAUCAGUAUGUGAAAUAGCAACAACUUCCUCCAUACCACCAACAACAUCAUCUUCAUCAACGACAACAUCGGAGAUAGAAACAACUUCUUCCAUACCACCAACAACAUCAUCUUCAUCAACGACAACAACGGAGAUAGAAACAACUUCAGCGUUGGCGACGAUGACAGAGAUGUUCACAAGUGAAGAAAGUUACGUGAAUGUAACUGACGAAGCUGACGGCACCGAGAACAGUACCCUGGCGCCCCCCUGGUGAUCGUGACACAAAAAAUGGUGCUUCGCAAAGAGAGAGGCAAGUUUGAACCACUGGACAGCGCAGCCGUGGAGAAUGAGACCUAUGGCUUUCAGUUUGCAACAGCCACGGCUACCCCAGCUGUGGCAUCCCAACAGCAUCCAGCCUAUCCACCAGCAUCUGCUGCAUCCCAUCACCACCCAGCAACCUCUCCACCACCAUGUGGAGUAGGCAGAACCAACAAUCCCAUCUAUGACAAUCCCGCUAUCACUAAUAGGCCCUUGAAUGCCAAGGAUGAGCAUCGCAUACCCACAAACGGCCACUACAGCCAGGUUUCAGUAAGAGCCGGAUCCUAUCAUCAUCUAACAACCUCCCCGCCACCACCAUGUGGUACUGGAAGAACAAUCAAUCCCGUCUAUGACAAUGCAGCUAUCACUAAUAUGCCCCUGAAUACCAAGGAUGGGUCCCGUUUACCUUACAACAGUGAACGGAAAGAUCCUUCCGCGCAUGCGUAUGACUAUCUAGCUUCUGAUCAACAUUACCAGGCUCCCCGAGACGGAGGAGUGGUUGACACUUCCACUGAUGUAUCGGGGAUUAACGACACCGGGGCAACUCGCGGCGACGACUACAACCACAUCACCUAUGAAGCAGACCGGCCUAGAUACAAGGGAGACUACAACACUGUCGUCACCAGAGUCGUCCCUGAUUCAGAUGUCGGAGAAACUGGUGACGUAUACAUGCAACCGAUUGCUGAAACCGACGCCGACGUCAACGGAUGACAGUAAUUCGGGCAUCCAGCACUGCAUUCGUGACCAACUCGUGUUAUUCCGGGACAAGACGAAUAGCUUUUCUUGGAGGUUACGGAAAGGGGCGAGUGGUGACGAAUGCUGCUGAUCAUGCGGGGUUUCCACAAUGAAGGGGCGGUAACUCACUGUGUAUAUAGUCCACAUAUCGAUGCACGUCA